AUGAAAAAUAAUAAGGAGGUAAUCAAUUUAUACAUUGAAGACAGAUAGGAUACUAUAGAAUGGAUAUAGGAUGAAGUUGAAAUAGAAACUCUUGAUGAAGUAGUGACAUACAUUCUGAAUGACAUUAAACAAAAAUAUCAAACAGAUCUCCUUACAUUGAGAGAUCAAGAGAAUCAAUAUUAUGAGAUUGAAUAGAUAGUAGAAUUCAAAAGACCUCAUACAUAUAUUACAAUACCAUAGAGACAUAAUGUGAAGACUUUGGCAAAGGUAUUAAGUGGAAUAAGCUAAGAAUGAAGUAAGAUAAAAUCGUAACAUAUACACCAUAAAAAAUGACAGUAUUCUAUUGGAGAAGUAUAAGGAUACAUGUAAAGUAGAGACUGUAGAUUAUAAAUUAAUUGAUAUAAAAAAGGCAAAUCAAAAAUAUGUAGAUACUUUAAUAGGCAUUUUUGAUGAUUUGGUUAUCCAACCAAAAAAAAGAAACUCUUUGAAGAAUGAAGUACCACAACCAAUACAAUUUUAAAAUGAAAUUGAAUCUCCUAAAUUUGGAUAAUCAUCUAAGGAAAGUGUUUCUCCUAGUUGGAUAUAAAGGAAAUCUCUAAGUGAUAGUAAUAAGAAAAAUGAUUUAAAGUAAUGUACAAUAGAUGAGGUAUGAGUAUGCGAAUGAGAGUAGGUAGCCAAACAUAACACAAUAAAUUCAGCAUGGAUUGUAAUCAACUCUAAAGUGUAUGAUGUUACUAAAUAUUUGAAUAAACAUCCUGGAGGACAAGAGGAAAUAAUGAAAGGUGUAGGAAGUGAUGGUACUGCCUUAUUUAUGUAAAAUCAUCCUUGGGUCAAUGCUCAUUAUUUAUUAGAAUAAUUUUAAGUAGGAUUUCUAAUAGAACAUAAAUGA